GAUGACGCAAAACGGCGUCAAUACACCCGUGAGCAGUGGCAGCAGUGCGGGUAGCAUUCCGAUGCCGACAUCCGGGGAGGUUAGAUUAAUGGUUGCUGUUCGCAUUCGUCCCUUAAUCGACAAGAAAGACGACAAAUGUAUUCGAGUGCUGUCAAAACGAAGUCUCUUGUUUGACGAGGGAAACAAAACAAAGCCAAAAAAAUACAUUUACGAUCAUGUUUUUGAUGAAACAACCACUCAGGACGAAGUUUAUCAAAUCACAACAGCGAAUUUAGUGAAGGAUGUGUUGGAAGGUUACAAUGCGGCAGUGUUUGCGUAUGGAGCAACAGGUUCGGGAAAAACACACACAAUGUUGGGACCUAAUCCGAAAAAAGCAGCUACUCCUGUCGCGGAACAACCUCCGCAUACAACUGCGGGCGGCGAUGGAUUGAUGGUUAAAGCCAUCGCUGACAUUUAUAAGCAUAUUGAAGAGGCGGAAAAUCCUGAAGCGUACAAGGUCUCGAUUUCCUAUCUGGAGAUAUACAAUGAAUUAAUCAAGGAUCUCCUUAAUCCGGGCGCCCCAUUGGAAUUGCGUGAGGAUAAUCGUGGCAACCAACUUGUGAGCGGUUUAUCGGAAAUCACGACAGCCUCAAAAUAUGAAAUGAUUUCCCUCAUUUUGCGUGGCAACAAGGCUCGUACAGUCGAGCCAACGGAAGCCAAUCAAACAUCGUCAAGGUCGCAUGCUUUGCUGAGCAUUACGAUUCUGAACAAGACGCCGCUUGGCACGAAGCAAAGUCGUCUCUUUUUAACGGAUUUGGCGGGAUCUGAACGAGCAAAAAGAACCAAGAAUAAAGGCAAGAGAUUGCAAGAAGGAGCUGCUAUUAAUCGAAGUUUGCUGGCUUUGGGAAAUUGUAUAAAUGCAUUGGCAGCUGGAGCGAGAUAUGUCAACUAUCGAGAUUCAAAACUCACGAGAUUGUUGAAAGAAGCUUUGAGUGGCAAUUGUAAGACUGUGAUGAUAUCGCAUGUAUCGCCGGAGAUGAAAUCUCAUGAUGAGACCAAAAAUACGUUGGUUUAUGCUGAUCGAGCGAAUCAUAUAACGACCAGAUUACAAGCUCCUGAACUUUUGGAAGAAGCGAAAGAGUUUCCAAUGUCACAUUAUCAGAAUUUGGUUUCAGAACUCAAAUCUGAAGUUGAUCGCUUGAAGGGAAAACUUCAAGGCGCUCCAAGACCACGAAGCGGAAUCGCAGCUCAACAAAAUGUCGACAAUGCGAAACGCAAACAAGAACUUAAAAAUAUCCGGGAACAAAUUGUCCAAACUUUCAAGCAACAAAUGAAACUCCGAAGAAGACUUUUGGAAGCCGACAGUCACUUAUUAGGCUUGGAGCUGGAUGCCGAACGUCAAAACAUGGUAAUUUCCCAUUGGCAGGGAAAAUCAGGAAAACUCUACGACAAAAAUUUAAUGGAUGACGAUGGAGAUUCCAUUGGUAACAACGCCCUGAAAACAGCUUUCAGCGAACUCCAAGGCAUCGAAAAAGAAACGCGUCGCUACAAGGAAAUACGUGAACAAACAGAACGAGAAUUGGAAGAGACACGACAACGCGGCAUUGCUUUAGAAGAUGAACUUCCGGAGCGCAUCAGUAGCGACGAAGAACGCGAAUUGCUUGGACUCUUGUGCCGUGUACAUGAGUUAGAAGCAGACAAGGUAUCGUUGCAAGCGGAGCGUUUGGCACGUCAAGCGGAGUUGCGUCGCAGAGACUUGCAGCUGCUACGUGCCGAGAGACAAAGACGCCUUUGCGAAGAUAUCAUAAGUUCACAACGAAAGUUAAUCGAAGACAAGAAGGUUGACUUGCCCGAGGAACUGAGGGAAUUGUAUUCGAUGUAUCAGCAGGAAAUACAUGCGAGCAUUUAUAAUCCUCGUUCGUCUUCGUCGUACCGCGAAGUGUAUUUGAGCAAGUUGCCGCCUAUUUAUGCACGUGGCGGAGGAACUGAAACUCCCGAAAGCUCUGGCUCCAGCUCCGAUUGGUCUCCGCCAUCUCCCCUUCCUCCCGUCGUUCCCGAUACUCCAACUUCCACAAUACCGGCAUCCGAUGUCAUUCCCACUCCCGAUCGUUUCAUGGGUCCCGCAGUUGUUCCAGCAACGCGUUUGCCGCCCUUGAGACGCCUCGCGACGCAACAACAGCAACACCGUCUUAACAAUAGGUAA